AUUCCCACAAUUCCUUAUGUCUACGAUUCCCCGAUUCCCUAUUCCCACGAUUCCUUAUCUCCAGGAUUCCACGAUGCCCUAUUCCCACAAUUCCCUAUGCCUAUGAUUCCACGAUUCCCUCUUUCCAUGAUUCCCUCUUUCCACGAUUCCCUAUUCCCACGAUUCCCUAUGUCUGUGAUCCCACGACCCCCUGUUCCCACGACCCCCCCAUGCCUCCAUCCCCGCUGUUUCCGCCCCGGGGCAGCGAGCGCGGACGGAGCCGCCGCAGCCUUUAGACCCUCCUCGCUUCCCGUCCGGGCCCAGCGGCCGAGCCGCAGCCUCUGCCGGCGGAGGCGUUUGGCGGCCGGGCCGCUCCUUCCGUCCCCCCCGCAAGAUGGCGGCGGGCCCCAAGGACCCCUUCUGCGUGGCCGAGGAGCGCAGCGGGCACUGCGCCGUGGUGGACGGGACCUGCCUCUACGUGUGGGGGGGAUACGUGUCGAUUGAAGAAAAUGAGGUUUAUCUGCCUAACGAUGAGCUCUGGAUCUAUGAAAUGGAUAGCGGGUUGUGGACAAUGCACUUAAUGGAAGGAGAGUUGCCCACCUCCAUGUCGGGAAGCUGCGGGGCAAGCAUUAAUGGGAAGCUGUACAUUUUUGGUGGAUUUGAUGAUAAAGGAUACAGUAACCGGCUGUAUUAUGUUAAUUUGCGAACAGAAACUGGAACCUAUAGGUGGAAAAAAGUUACGGAUUUUAAAGGUCAACCUCCUACACCACGUGACAAGCUUUCCUGCUGGGUGUAUAAGGACAGGCUAAUCUAUUUUGGCGGCUAUGGCUGUAGGAAGCACAAUGAACUGAGCGAUUGCUUUGAUGUCCAUGAUGCAUUUUGGGAAGGACAGAUAUUCUGGGGGUGGCACAACGACGUUCAUGUGUUUGAUACGACCACACAAACUUGGUCUCAACCAGCAAUUAGAGGUGGAGAUCCGCCUCAGCCUCGAGCAGCUCAUACCUGUGCUGCGCUGGGAAAUAAAGGCUACGUCUUCGGAGGACGAGUGCUGUUCACCAUAAUACAAAUCUUCCCAGGGAAAAGGCUCUACAAGGAACGAGAAAGGGCCAGGAAGUGUCAUGAGGCUUCUCCUAUUCAUCUUUCUGGGAGGAAAGGGCACCUUUUUCCAGACUUGGAGCUAGAACUGGUAAAAGAAGAUGAUGGUGAUGAUCCAAAUCAGUUGUACCAGGAGUCAUUUGAAAGCAGGCUCAGCAGUGUUAAGUGGACUCUGUUCCUCCAGCAAACUAGGAUGAAUGAUUUGCACUGCCUGAAUUUAGACACUUGGACGUGGUCUGGAAGAAUCAAUAUCAGCGGAGAGAAACCGGAAGAUCGAUCCUGGCACACGCUGACUCCGAUAGGAGAUGACAGACUUUUUCUUUUUGGUGGACUAAGUUCUGAUAAUGUUCCUUUAAGUGAUGGCUGGAUUCACAACGUAACAACAAAUGCAUGGAAACAGCUGACCCAUUUGCCUAAGAGCGGGCCUAGGCUGUGGCAUACGGCCUGCCUUGGAAAAGAAGGAGAAGUGAUGGUGUUUGGUGGAAGCAAAGAUGACUUGCAUUUCAUGGACACGGGUCACUGCAGUGACUUGUUGAUAUUCCAGACUCAGCCGUAUUCCCUCCUCAGGUUGUGUCUCGACUGCAUCGCUAAAAAUGCAACAGUCUUAAAGAAUCAAAUACCCUGCUUGCCACCCAAACUUCUGCAGCAAGUGCUGAAGAAAAUAACUUUCUGGACGGCGGUUAACCACCGGCAGGAGAAGAAACUGGAGACCGAGAAGGAAAGCCAGCUAAACACAUGAAGAGUGGCUAUGGAACUGGAACGCCGUGGUUUAUUUACACAUCUUUUGUUAGUGAACUUUACCAACGCUACAGACAACUGUAUGUUAAACUGAGUUUCUAAGUGAAGUUUGAGAACAAAGAAAUCCUUUUUAUGGAAGUUUCUCUCGUUUUCUGCGUUGUAGAAAGCUGAGGGGACUUUGUAAGUAUCUUUAACUUCUGCUGUUGUGGUCUUAAUGAGGCAAGUCCUUGCCACUUGUUCUUUCCAAAGGUGACAGAUGAUAACAAAAUGUUGGAUAAAAUAUGGCUUAAGACUAAAAUCUUCCUACAGCCUUAUGCCAUCAGCAUUCCUGGAAGGAUGAAAUUAGUUCUUUGGAAGAGUUGCACUUGUUGAUCCUGGAAAUGGUCACUGGUUUGCUGACAGCACUGGAUCUGGUUAUUUCCAACCGUCCCGGCAAGCGAUGAAGCCCAAAGCCUUAACUGCAGCAGGAAAAUCGAUGGCUGGCCCUGGAACUUGUUGGGAAUGCUGUGAGGAACAGUGCUGCCACCUGUAUAAGAAAGCACCCUGGUGGUCCGUGAUGGGGUUUCACUGUUCCUGUAACCACUGGUCCUUUUUGAGACAGGUUGUACAUUGUAUUUGGGAUGUGUAAAGUUUAUAUUUAAUUCUUGUUAAAAAGAAAAAAUCUUAUUUAUUGUUUAAAAAGAG